AUUGUACUCCCCCUGUUCUCGACUUCCCAUUUCUUCGUCUUCUUCUUCUUCCUCCUUCCCACCGGAUCCCUUUUCUCCGUUCGCCGCCUUACAUGACGGAAUCCGGCGGCUGCUGCCGGUGUUGUUUCAGCUUCAUCUUAACUUCCGGCUUCGCUGCUCUGUUCUUAUGGCUCAGCCUUCGAACCCGCAAACCCAAAUGCUCGAUCGAAUCUUUUUACAUUCCAGCCUUAAAUCAAUCCCUAAAUUCGCCCUUAAAUUCCACCGUCUCCUUCGAUCUGCGCCUCAAAAACCAGAACAAAGACAAAUCAGUCUUCUACGACUCUCUCAAUCUCAACCUCACUCUCGUCGGAGGGCGGCCGCUGGGCAACGUGACAGUGCCCGGAUUCCACCAGGGCCGUGGCAAGAAGGCGUUCAGAAACGAGACCAUCGAAGCCCGUGGAGUGGAUUGGAAGGCGGUUUCCCGGAAUGGGUCGGCGAUUUUCCGGCUGGAUUUGGCGACGGCGGUCCGGUUCAAGAUCUUGUUCUGGAAUACCAAGAGGGAGAAUUUGAGAGUCGGAGCAGAGUUCAAAGUCAACAAGCAGGGAGCGACGGAAUACCCAGGGAUCACGCUUAGCUCCGGCGCCGCCGUGCCCGACGGCUCGCCGGUGACAGUUAUCUGGAGUUCUUGGGUGUUUGUCUUGUGGAAACUUUUCUGAAAUGACGUCAUUUGACGGAAUUUUUGGGCGGCGUCUUUAGUCGGAAGUGUCUCCACCGCCCAAUCACGGCCGACGGUAGAAGAUCAAGAAAUUA